ACACGCCUCUUCUUUUUGCAAGCCAUGUGGUUGUCGUUGAUAAAUAAAGGUAUUUGCUGAAUUUUCCCCACUGUUUUACUUUUGCAUACAAAACGCCGACUCUUUGCACAGUCGGAGCAGCCACAAUGUCAGCGGGCGUUGCGAACCUCCAGGCGCAGGUGGAGUCGGUGCUCGGAGCGCUGGUCAAAGCCGCCACGGUGGAGUUAACCAAACUGUUCGAGAGCCGAUACCGAGCAUCGGCGUUGGAUGUGGAUGUGGGCCGCGCUGAGGACAAAGGGCAAAUUGCCGGACUGGAUUGUUUGUCUACUGGGGACACAACACGCAGCAUCGGUGUGCAAGUGGACGAGGACGUUUGUCCGCCGUUUGAGCUUUCUGGCCCCCCUGUCCUUUCAGAUGGAGAUUGUUUGAGGGAGUGCAGGGUGGAGGAGGUGGAGGGGAGUCUCGUCCCAUCAGAAAUCCUUCCGGCUGAUGUUAAUGGCCAAGUUGACCCUGAGGGGUCGCCUCUGAAGGAACAGGUCGUGGCAGAGACUGUAGGUAGGGUAGAGUCGAGCGGGUGUGAAGCAGAGUCUCCAGCUGAUAGGGAUCCUCAAACAGAGGUCGUUUUGCAUGUCUCUGCAGAGACAUGGACAUUGACACACGGGUCCACGCAAAGCUCUCCGGCUAAACAGAAGCCUCUCGUGAUCCAACCAGACACACGCAAUAUCAUUUCUGGGGAGACGGUUAAGUUUGUCUGCCCGUUGAUCCUCAAGCCAGAGUCUCCAGCCCCUAAACCGGACCAUUCAGAGAAGCCCGUUGAAACCGAGCCUCAGCAGGUCUGCGUCAGCACCGCCAAGGGCACCGCCUACAGUCCGUCCCCGUCUGAUGGGGCGGUGACUCCUGCUCCGGUUGCGGUUUGGGAACGGAUCCACACGCCAAAGGAGACGAAGACCAACCUCCACAUGAAACGGAAACUGACUUCUCCCGACCAAAAGCUGACGCGUCCCUGUGCGGUGCAGCUGGUGGACGUGCUCACAGUGCCUGAGUCAGAGAUGAGGCUUCAGGACUGUGCUGCUAAGGGUCCUGGUUGGCCUCUGCCCAAAGACCUCCGGCGCCACCAAGGUCUUCACACUGGCCACCGCCUCUGCUGCUUCACCCCCUGUGACAAUGGCGUCUGGCGGCUUCAGAAGGUGGUCGCCCACUCCCGCGAAGGAUACCCGUGCAGCAUCUGCGGGAAGACGUUCAAGCGGAGGAAGAUUCUCCGGCGGCACGAGCGCUUUCACACUGGAGAAAGACCGUACCCGUGCUCGUCGUGCUCCAAGUCGUUCGCGCUGAGGAAGAGCCUCCGCCGCCACCUGAGGUUCCACACGGGCCAGAGGCCGCACACCUGCACGAAGUGCGGCAAGAGCUUCCGUCUGCGGGAAAAUCUGAAAGCACACCUGAGGUUCCACACUGGGGAGAAGCCUUUCAACUGCGCCACUUGUGGCAAGAUGUUCAGGAUCACAAGGAAUCUGGAGAAACACAAAGAGAGCCCGUGUGGAUUCUUUGUUCCUUCAUUCAGGACAAUCGCGGGCUUGUAGCAGUGGAAUAACAGUCGCCGGUGGAUGGUUGUGGUGGUUGCACGACUUUCUACCUCAGACUGAAAACACUGUAUUGCUGUCAUGACUUUCAUGUAACAUUACGAUUCUUUUUUUGAAGUUAUAGCUAUGAAAGAAAAAGAGACCCUGAUCCAGAUUGAUUCCAGAAAAGUUCUAUUUUAAUGACCAAUAAGAGGGGAUUUUGUGUGAUGGGGGCUUUUUUUUGGAAGCUUAUACUACUGAUGGUCUUAUUUUUCAUAGUUUAUUAUUCCUUGCCAUGUGUUUGCCUCUUGUGAUUGUGGACCAAUGUUUGCGGAACAGUGUGCAAGGGUUGUUCAACUACUUGACCCCUUUUUUUGCAUUCGGCCUUCUGAGAAACAAAUUCUGCAAAAAAUUCCCUCCACCGAACAGCAGGUUUACCACAGAUGUGCUCAAGUACCGGUUGGGACAGUUUGGUUGGGCAACAUAAAAGUCCUCACCUGCCAACCCUUCUGUGUCAUGUUUUUUUUUUAUGCCUUUAGUCUUUUUAUGUUAUGCCUUUUUGACUUUACACCCACGCCUCUUUUAAAAAAGCGUUUGUCUUUGUAUUCAUGCUAUGGUUACUGAACGUAUGUAGACUUCUUUCCUUUCAUAACCGAGAUGUCAAAGACAGUGGUUGUAAUGUUAAAACCCUUUGGAAUGACACACAUACACAUAUGGCCAAACAAAUUUCAUCUUGUGUACUCUUUUUUUUUUUUUUUUUACUGUUUUUUUUUAAAGGUUUUUAUAUUCCUGAAUACAUGUCUCCUAUCAAAUUGUAAAACUUAUUUUACUAGAUAACGGUUUCUCAUGUAUUAUUAAAAAAUAUUUUUUUGUGGCACAUAGAUAGUUAUUUUGUUUCCUCAACGUACCACAAUCGGUAUGGAGGAAAGGUACAACCUUCUAAUAAACCACCCUUUAUAAGAGGUUUUUAUGUCGUCA